AUGGACCUGGGCAAGGUAUUCGAUAUCACAGUUCAUGCUGAUCCUGCUGAUGCCAUUGCUACUCUGGGUGGUCCCUCCUCUGGACAGGCCGGAGACGGCUUGCGCCACGGACAGAGUUUGGUUGCUCCUGGUGAGAGCCAUCAUCUUCCGGUGGAUGCUCGGAGAGCUGCUGCUGCUGCUGCAGCAGGGGCUGGACACGGCUCGUCAUCGUCGUCAUCAGGUAGGGGCUUACGCAAGUCAAAGUCGACCACUCUCGGCCCGGGUGCCUUCUCUCGCCUCUCCCUCUUUGACGAGUUGGACGGCGAUGACAGAGAGGGAGAUGCCGCAGCAACCGGCAGCAGGCUGCCGCCGACUGUAGCCACACAUGGCUUGGGCCCGACCGGCGUGGUCCCGGACAUUGUGCACCAGCCAGCUACUCCGGUGGUGCGGACUGAGGCUGAUGGCGACGGCUGCAAGAACGUGACCAGCAUGCUCUCGCCGGACGCGGCGUUUGCGCUCGACAAGUCGAUGCCAGUCUUGCAAGUGACGGCGUUUGAGGACGACGGAGUCGACGCGACUGUGACUGCACACGAGCUGGCGGCAGUGAGUGACGCAACGUGCUUGGGCCCCGGCUCGGGCUCGGACGACGGCAGUGGAUCAGUCUCGGGCUCGGGCUCGGGCUCGGGCACUGUGCUUGUACGCUCGCUGCAGCUCGGAAUCGGCGGCUCCCUCUCGGACGUCAACCUGCAGUACAGCGACUCGAGCUUGGCAGCGUCCGAGACUGGAAGCUCUGACGUCGGAGUCAACCCGCUAGCAAAGAACAAGACGUCGCCUCUGCUGCAGCGGAGCGGCGACCCGCUGGUGCGACACUCGAGCCACCUCGGUGUGGGCGAGACUUAUGGAGUUCACAAGCGAAAGGACUCGGGCUCGAUCAUGGUCAACCAGUUCAAAAUUGUAGGCAAGGUCGGCAAGGGCUCAUUUGGCGAUGUGUACAAGGUAGUCGAUACACUCAAGGCCAAGGCGGCGGCCAAGGCGGCGGCCAAGGCGCGUGCCGAGCGGCCGCUGGACGAGGCUGUUGUCGACGAGCACCAGUUUACGUUUGCGAUGAAGGUUCUACCCAACACGUCGAUCUCGCGCAAGGUGCUACCGUCGCGGCCGCUCGUGCGUGGGCCGCCUGCAAAGCGGUUUGCGUCGCUGGCACGGGCGGCUGGCCGGCGGUCAGGGACCGAUGCCAAGUCACACAGCGAGGCGCGGGUGCGGGCACUGGACGCGCGGCGGGUGCGGAGCAGUGGGCGAGCAGUGUCUGCAGCGCCGACGACGAUCAGCACAAAGGCGGCGGCGGCGUCGUCGUCUUUGCGGCCAUCGUCACGAUCUGUGACGUCAGACUCGUACGAGCUGGGACCCGAGGCCAAGGCGCUGCUUGACGACGAGCUCGGGGCGCGGCACGAGAUUGCGGUUAUGAAGCGGCUGACGCAUCCAAACGUGGUCAAGCUCGUCGAGGUCAUGUACGAGAAGCCGCUCCACGCGUCGCAGGGAACCGGCCCGCUGGUGUACCUGGUGAUGGAGUACCUGCCUGGCGGGCUCUCGCUCGACAUCUCGUUGCACAAGUCGCUGCCGACGCUAGGCACGGCAUGCAACUACUUUCGCGACGUGGUGCAGGGCCUCGACUACCUCCACUCGCACCACGUAAUCCACCGCGACCUCAAGCCGGAGAAUCUGUUGUUGAGCCGAGACGGGACGACGACUGACGUGAUGACGACGGCAUCCAAGGGCACACCCGCGUUUAUGGCGCCUGAGCUCUGUGCGUCGUCCGACGUCAAGGGCAAGCCGGUCGACCUCUGGGCGCUCGGCGUCACGCUCUACUCAUUUGUCUUUGGCGCGCUACCUUUCGAGCCUCCGCCGGGAGGCAAUCCGUUUGCAACGCAGAAGAAGCUUUUUGACGCCAUCCUCCACAACUCGGUCGAGUAUCCGGCGUCGCCGGCGACGCCGCCGGCGCUCCGGGAGCUCCUCGACGGCCUGCUGACCAAGGAUCCGGACGCGCGGUACACUAUGGCUGACAUCAUGGCCAACGAGUGGGUGACCUGCGGAGGCGCCGCGCCGCUGUCGCCGGUCGAGGAGCCAGACAUUGUCAUUCCGGCCCAGGAGGUGAUGGCGGCGGCGGUCAAGGUCAAGUCAAUGGCCGCUAUCUCGCUCUCGGUCAUGCUCGGACGGCGGUGGCUGGCGACUACCCGAGCGAGCAUCCAGUCGCGCGAGUCGUCGCUUUCGUCGAACGCCGGCUCGGCGUCGGACGACUCGGCCAUUGACUCGGACAACGAGGACGACGACUCGGCGGUAGAGCAUAUGCGUGAGGGUUCGCGAGGGCGGCGACUGACGCCGACCCUGCACCCGGUGCUCCGCGCGAGGUCGCGGUCGCGGUCGGGCGCCUUCGACUCGCUCUCGGGCACUGACUCGGACAACUACUCGCCCACGUCGGGCUCGGUGCCGGCGACCGAGUCUACCGGCAAAAACGGAGGCACGGCGCUGACAAGCGCCAGCUGCUCGGGCUCGGGCUCGGGCUCGGGCUCGGGCUCGGGCUCGGGCUCGAGCUACUCAUACUCGAGUUCGAGCUCGGGCUCGGGCGCGGCGGCUGGGUCUGCGUGA